AUGACGGGGAGACAGCCCAUUGAAGGAGAGCAGUUCUUUCCUCAGCAGCAGCAGAGAGUCAGAGGAGAUUUUACCAGGGCAGUAUGUACAACAGCAUAUGAAUGGGGACAUGGAGCCAGGACGUGCAGGAGACCACCCGAUGCUGGUGUUGUCAAAGGGAUCCAGCAGACCAAGCUCACGGAGACCAUCAGAGAGAAGCAGAGACAAACCGAGCUACAGGCUGAAGGCUUCAUCAGACAGAUGGAGCAGGACAUCCGUGAGCUGAAGAAGAGGAAGACGGAGGUGGAGCUGCUCUCUGUCCUUCAGCUGGAGGAACCACUGUCUGAGGAGAUGAAGGAGAAACUACCCAAGAUGCUCGCCAGGUUCGAGCUGAGGCGGAUUCAGAGCUACGCAGUGGACGUGACGUUUGAUCCAGACACAGCAAAUCCUUACCUCGUCCAGUCUGAUGAUGGGAAACAAGUUCACGAUAGUGACGUGAGGCAGAAGCUUCCAGACAACCCAGAGAGAUUUUCUUACUGUAUUAAUGUUUUAGGAGAGCAGAGUUUCUCUUCAGGCAGAUUUUACUUUGAGGUUCAGGUUAAAGGAAAGACCGAGUGGACUUUAGGAGUGGCCACAGAGUCGACCAACAGGAAGGCUCAAAUCACACUGAGUCCUCGGGACGGUUUCUGGACUGUGAGGCUGAGAGAUGGAUACGAGUACAAAGCUAAGGCUGACCCUGAUGUCGCUCUCUCUCGCCGGUCUGGUCCUGAGAGGGUGGGGGUGUUUGUGGACUAUGAGGAGGGUCGGGUCUCUUUUUAUGACGUGUCUGCUGCAGCUCUGAUCUACUCCUUUACUGGCUGCUCCUUCACUCAGAAGCUCCACCCAUUCUUCAGUCCUGGGAACAGCUGGUUGUUUAUUUAG